AUGAUUAAGGAACCUGUAAGCUCAGUAGGUACUGACCUAGAAUGCAUGUCGAAGGACACAAAAGAUGCAUCAACGAAGCCAAUUAAAAAGUGGUUCUUGCUUCUAAAAAUCGACAUUUUCGUCCUCUCAUUCGUUUGUCUCCAAUACUGGAUCAAUUAUGUUGAUCGUGUGGGUUUUACUAACGCAUAUGUAUCAGGUAUGAAAGAAGAUUUGAAUAUGAAAGGUGAUGAUUUGAAUAUAACGACGACUUGUUUCACAAUAGGGUAUAUUAUUGGUAUGUUGCCUCAUAAUUUGAUCCUUUUGGUUGUGCCACCAAGGUUAUGGUUAAGUUUUUGUACGUUUGCAUGGGGGUUACUUACACUUGGGAUGUUUAAAGUGAAUUCUUUCAAGCAAGCUUGUGCUAUUAGGUUUUUCCAAGCUUUGUUUGAAAGUUGUACCUUUUCAGGUACUCAUUUAAUUUUAGGUUCAUGGUAUAAGGACAAUGAGUUACCCAUUAGAAGUGCAAUAUUCACAAGUAGUGGGUUGGUUGGUUCAAUGUUUAGUGGUUUUAUGCAAGUUAGUAUACAUGAUAAUUUAAAUGGACGCCAAGGUUUGGAAGGUUGGAGAUGGUUGUUCAUUAUUGAUUUUUGUAUUACUGUACCGAUUGCCAUUUAUGGAUUGAUCUUCUUCCCUGGUGUUCCAGAUAACACCAGCAGAGCUAGUAGAUUUUCUAUGACGAAAUAUAUCUUCAGCGAGCAAGAAUUACGUUAUGCAAGGAGAAGAUUACCAGCAAGAGAUGAAAGUACUAAAUUAGAUUGGUCAAUUUUCACAAGAGUAUUGAAAAGAUGGCAUUGGUGGUUAUUUUCCUUCGUAUGGGUUCUUGGCGGCGAGAAUUUAAGUUUCGCAUCGAAUUCCACGUUUGCUUUAUGGUUAAAGCAACAAGGAUAUUCAUUAUCCAAUAGAAAUAAUUAUCCAUCGGGGAUUUUCGCAGUCGGAGUUGUAUCUAGCGUUGUUUCUGCCAUAUAUUUGAGUAAACUCCAGAAAGCCAGACAUUGGCAUGUUGCUGUUUUCAUAUCUAUCGUGAUGUGUGUUGUUUCCAUCAUGAUACGUUCCAACCCACUAUCGCCAAAAGUCAUGUUUACUGCCCAAUAUCUUGGUGGCAUUGGUUAUGCUGGUCAAGCAGUAUUCUUUGCAUGGGCAAAUACAGUGUGUCAUGAUGAUCUUCAAGAACGUGCUAUUGUGUUAGCAUCUAUGAAUAUGUUUUCUGGUGCAGUAAACGCCUGGUGGUCAUUGUUAUUCUACACCGCCUCUAUGGUUCCAUACUUUGAAAAGGGUUGUUAUGCACUAAUUGCAACAUCGGUCAGUACAGGUAUCGUAUCCGUUUAUAUAAGACAUCUCCACAUACGAGAACUCAAUAAUAAGAAAUUGCUUCCCUACAUUGAUGCGAAUGAUAUGCUAGCAAGCGAUGAGGAAGACGACGAUGAUGGUGAAGAAGAGCAAGAGGGUGCUGUUUUAGAAGAAAGAGAAGAAGGUCAAACAUUCAGUAUCGGGGAUUUUGAACCAGAACAAACCCGAGUUAUUAAUAUCAUCCCAUCAUCCAAGAUUUAA